CCCCUGGUUUGUGUCUUUUGCAUGGGUGUUGGGUGGUUUGUUCAAAUUGGUCACUGCAACCACCAUAAAAAUCAACGUAACAAUCAAACCAUGGAAAAAUAGAAAAACUCCAAAUUCAUAACACAACCUCCUCCGCGUGAACACUGAACUGAAUCCAACACUCCACGCGGCCUUUUCAGUUCCACACACACUUCACUCUCAGCUCUCAGCUCUUCAAUUUCAAUUCACCAAUGGCGGUUUCGGGCCUCAGAGGUGGUACUCUUCGUUUGCCACUCCCCUUCCACCACCACCACCACCACCACCAUUCUCUUCGUUUUUCUCUUCCUUCAAUUUCUAACACCAGAGCUCAUUCCAAUUCCAAGUCAAAGGGUUUCACUCUCUUCGCUCGCUAUGCUCAAGCUCAGGACCUUUUCUCCUCUCGCCGUAUCCAAGAUAACAUUGAAAACUUGCCCAAGCUGGUGGAAGACAUUGUGCAGACAUCCAUCAACACAGGCCCUAGGGGAGUCUUUAGGCUGGCUCAAGGCGUUCAAGCCCUUGUUGGGGUCGGUCAAGAGUGGUUGACUGAUUUAUCAAAGUUGUCAAAUUCAUCUGCUGGGUUGCCACCUGAACUGCAGCUUGGUUUACUUUCCCCCUUUUAUUUGAGGAGGCUAUUUGAACGCAUGGGUGCAACAUACAUCAAAUUAGGUCAGUGAGUAUGUACAAGAAUUUCAGAACUGUUUCGAUAAAGCUCCUCCUGUUCCUUUUGAGGAAAUCCAAUCAAUAUUGCGUAAGGAAUUAGGAAGACCAAUAGAAAGUGUAUAUGAGUACGUUGAUCCAACUCCUAUUGCUUCUGCCUCCAUAGCACAGGUUCAUGGUGCAAGGCUAAAAGGCAGCCAGGAGGAUGUGGUGAUAAAGGUCUUAAAACCAGGAAUAGAGGAUGUAUUAGUGGCAGAUCUUAAUUUUGUUUAUGUUGUUGCUCGGAUAUUGGAGUUCUUGAAUCCUGAAAUAAGCCGAACAUCGCUGGUUGGUAUUGUUAAAGACAUAAGGGAGUCUAUGCUUGAAGAAGUUGACUUUUACAAGGAGGCUGCAAAUAUUGAGGCUUUCAGGAGAUAUUUGGAAAACAUGGGACUCACAAGAGAGGCAACAGCUCCGAAAGUGUAUAAAUACUGCAGUACACAGAAGGUUUUAACUAUGCAGAGACUUUAUGGUGUUCCUCUAACUGAUCUAGAUUCCAUAAGUUCUCUUGUUCCGAAUCCAGAAACCAGCCUUAUAACUGCUCUCAAUGUGUGGUUUGGAAGUUUACUUGCAUGUGAGUCUUUUCAUGCAGAUGUACAUGCAGGAAAUCUAUGGCUUCUACGGGAUGGCCGUAUUGGGUUUCUUGACUUUGGAAUUGUUGGGCGUAUAUCCCCCAAAACAUGGGCUGCUAUGGAAGUCUUCUUGGGUUCAAUUGCCAUUGACGAUUAUGACUCUAUGGCAUCUUCCUUAAUUGAAAUGGGUGCUACGAAUAAGGAUGUUGAUGUUAAGGCCUUCGCAGGAGAUUUGGAAAAAGUAUUCUCAUCGAUAAAGGAGCUGGACAGUGAACUAGUUGUAGCAACCGCAAGCGGGACUAAUGCAACCGCUGUUUCUGCUAAUAUAGUUUUCGAUGAGAGGCAAAUGAAUGCACUCUUCCUUGAUGUGGUUCGAGUUAGUGAAUCAUACGGAUUGAAGUUUCCUCGAGAAUUUGCGCUUCUCUUGAAGCAGCUCUUGUAUUUUGAUCGCUACACUCGGUUGCUGGCUCCCAAUUUGAACAUGCUUCGAGAUCAGAGGAUUUCCAUUGCCUCCAACAGAAGAAACAGGUAUAGAGACAGUUAUUAAUCUGUCAUUAUUAAAAGUCUAGAUGUACCUAAUUUUAGUUCAAAGAAGUUGUAUCUCGACAAGGUUAUUUUUGUAAAUAAGUAUUCCAUAGUUGGGACUUAAUUUUCUGAUGAUUCCAUUGGAGAUUCACUUGUCACCACUAUCAUACCAACUUCAGUUACAAGUUAGAAAUUUGUGACUACAAGGAAAUGUUAAUCAGAUGUUCAGUCA